CUGUCCCCGGUGUGUGGGUCUGUGACAGGGUCCAACCGGGCCUGGUCCGUGUCCGCCCCUCCCCCACCUCCUGUCCCUGUCUCUAGGCAUUGGCAUCAACUAAAAUCAGAAUUCCCAGGAACUUGAAUAGAGGCUGCUAGAUUCUCAGUCAUUGUGACUUUGAAUUCUAGGGAAUAACUUCAAAGAAGGAAAGGACCAGACAGUGCUUCCUCAUUCUCAUUCAACAUCUGCUUCCUGCUGAGUCUUCAGAUAGGAGACCAGAAACCAGAGCAUCUAGCCCUACCCAUGGAAACUCAAGCCAAUCAUGUAUCUCAGGAACCUCAGGCCCUGCUUGAGAGUGCUCUUCCUUCUUCGAAAGUUCCUGCCUUUUCUGACAAGGACAGCCUGGGGGAUGAGAUGUUGGCAGCUGCACUCCUAAAGGCCAAGUCCCAGGAGUUGGUGACAUUUGAAGAUGUAGCUGUGUACUUUAUCCGGAAGGAGUGGAAGCGUUUGGAACCUGCUCAGAGGGAUCUCUAUAGGGAAGUGAUGCUAGAGAAUUAUGGGAAUGUAUUCUCACUGGAUGGUGAAUCCAGAACUAAAAAUGAUCAAGAAAUUUCUGAAGAUACAGGAUCACGUGGGGUGCUGUUAAGACGAUUCCAGAAGGAUAUUUCUCAGGGUCUUAAGUUUGAAGAAACCUAUGAACAAGAAGUUAGUCUAAAGAGGCAACUAGGGAACUCCUCUGGAGAAAGAUUGAAUAGGAAAAUACAAGAUUUUGGUCAUGUGACAGUUAAGGAAAAGCUUACCACUGUGGCAGAGAGAAAGGAGAAACAUAAUGAAUUUAGGAACAGCUACACUGUGAAUUCCAAUCUUAUUUCCCAUCAGAGACUUCUUAUGGGAGACAGACCCCAUAAGUGUGAUGAAUGUAACAAGAGCUUUAAUCGAACUUCAGACCUUAUUCAACAUCAGAGAAUCCACACUGGGGAAAAGCCCUAUGAAUGUACUGAAUGUGGGAAGGCUUUCAGCCAGAGUUCUCAUCUUAUUCAGCACCAGAGAAUCCACACUGGGGAGAAGCCUUAUGAAUGUAAUGAUUGUGGAAAGACCUUCAGUUGUAGUUCUGCUCUCAUUCUCCAUCGGAGGAUCCACACCGGGGAGAAACCUUAUGAAUGUAAUGAGUGUGGAAAAACUUUUAGCUGGAGCUCCACCCUGACUCACCAUCAGAGAAUCCACACUGGUGAAAAGCCCUAUGCCUGUAAUGAAUGUGGGAAGGCCUUUAGUAGGAGCUCUACCCUUAUUCAUCAUCAGAGAAUCCACACUGGAGAAAAACCCUAUGAAUGUAAUGAGUGUGGGAAGGCCUUCAGCCAGAGCUCACACCUCUAUCAGCAUCAGAGAAUUCACACUGGAGAGAAGCCCUACGAAUGUAUGGAAUGCGGAGGAAAGUUUACUUAUAGUUCAGGCCUUAUUCAGCAUCAAAGAAUCCACACAGGGGAGAAUCCCUAUGAAUGUAGUGAGUGUGGGAAAGCCUUCAGGUAUAGCUCUGCUCUUGUUCGCCACCAGAGGAUUCACACUGGAGAGAAGCCUUUGAAUGUAACGGGUAUGAGCAAAAGUUCCCUCAGAGUUACUGCUGAAUUAAGUAUCAGAGAGUCUACAUGAAAGAGAGCCACAUAUUAUUUUCCUCACUUCCCCUGAGUUGAAAGAGCUCUUGCCUUACUGCAUAAGUGUGAACAAGUUAGGAUGUGUCCCUUCUGCCUCAGACCUUUCACUUUAGAAAAGGGACAGAUUGGGUGAUCAGCAACCUACUAGAUUUCUCAGCAGUUACACCAGCCUUGAAAAUCUGUAAGGCAAGCAGUGGAUAAAGUGCAGGGAACAGAAGGAAGCCUGGGGUCCAGUGAAACUUAUUUGGGUGGGAGAUUGCACUAACCAUUCUUCUUGCACCAGAGGAGCCUUUCUUUCCAAGGUGGGGAGUGGAAGCUUAGUAGGAACAAAAUUCCAAGGAUUCCACUAGUUGGAGUCAUGUACAGUGAGCACAGAAGGCAGCAGAAAGAAUGUUCUGGGUCCUCCUAUUUGCUGGGAAGGGAAAUGGAGACUGUGUUUCAAAGCCACUCUUCCCAAUUCAGCUUUAAGAUUUGUGUUGUUUUGUGAUUUCAUAACUUGGAAAAACUAGGUGUUGAGGGGUUUGCUAUUUUAAUGAGGAGGGGGAAAAGACUCCAGAGAGAAUUUCUGUGAUGACUGUAUCCUGUAGGGCUCUUGGUGCAGCAAGACCACAAAUCCAAGAGCAACAUCCCCAGCCCUUUUUAAUUUUUUUUAUUUUGCCUCAGCAUCUCACUAAGUUGCUUAGUAAGAUGGGCAGACCCCUCAUGGUCCUCUCGGUUGUAGUGGGACUGAAUGGGAAAGCCAUGUAAGCAGUGAAUAACCUGAGGGAACAGAUCAGAAGCGUACAGCAUUGGCCUCUGAUUCCUGUCCCCUCUCCCUCUUCCUACUCCUGUGAGGAAAAGUAAUUUAAUCCCACCCUCUAGUUAUUAAGGAUGCUUUUGAGGAGCUUACUCAGCCAACCUGUUCUGUCUUCUGUCAUCUCGAAUAUCUAGCCCCAGCAGUCUGAACUCUCCUGACUCCACCUCUGACUUCAGCCACGGAGGAUUAAUGCAAAUAAAGAGAAAGCCCAGAGGAGGCAGGCUGUGGCCUGAGCCUGGUGGAGGGCUCCUGCUGGGUUAGGAUGGUGCUCCCUGAGUUUUCCUGGGCCAAGGGAUGAUCUUCCAUUGUGUUUCCCUGAUCCUGCUCAUCCUGUAGCAUUAAUGAAGUGCACUAUUAAACAGAAUAGUUUUUUCAGAAGGA